UUUGUUUCUGAAAUGAGCGCUUCUUCGCGACGCUUACAAAAGGAACUGGCUGAAAUGAGAAGCAACAGUUCUGGUACUGUUCGUAUAGCUGAAGUUGAUGAAGCGAAUCUUCUGCAUUGGGUUCUGCUCCUCUAUCCUGAGCGUGAGCCUUACAACCGUGGAGCCUUUCGUGUCACCGUGGACUUUCCAACCGAAUAUCCUUUCAAGCCUCCACGUGUUACGUUUGUGACUAAGAUAUAUCACCCUAAUGUUGAUGACAAAGGUCAGGUUUGUUUGGGCAUCAUUCAAGCUGAGAACUGGAAGCCGGCUACACGAACGGAGCAAGUUAUCAAUGCGUUGGUUUCGCUUAUUGCUGAGCCGGAAAUUAAUCAUCCGCUUAGGGCUGACUUAGCUGAAGAAUUCCAAAAGGAUAAGAAGAAGUUUCUUAAGAAUGCUGAGGACUACACGAAGAAACAUGCUGAAAGGCGUGAUUGAGGAUGAAGGUGGCUAUAAUUGGCAAGAAACGUAAUGUGUUGAUCUUAUCUUCAUUCAUCAUCUCUUAAAGUUAUAUUCGGUUUUCAAUAUAAAUUAUUGUUGAGUGGGGGGAACCGCCAAUUUAUGAAUUCUAUUGUGAACUAACAAGAACUGGAUUAAUUGAUCAAAGAACUGGAGAUGAUCAAAGAACUGGAUUAAUUAAUAAGACUGGGUUCA